AUGACGUGGGCGGAAAUCAUUGACGAGUCACAAGGAUAUAUCAAGAAUGGAUCAGUGAUUGUGGAGAUCGUCGUUCGAGCUGAAGCGCCAAAGAAUAUGAUGACAAAAGACGAUUUUCUGUUCAAAUUAAAGCAAUGGUAUCGCCUUGCUGAAAACCAUAUGAACAACGAUCGAGUUGAUCUUGCUAUUGAGGCCAAUCAACAAGCCGUUGAUUAUUGCAAGAAUAAGGACCCGGAAAUGGCGAAACAAUUGAAAACACAGAAAGAUGCUCUUGUGGCGCAAAAACUCGUGGAAAGCAUUAAACGACUAGAAGAUGGAUCAUCACCAAAGAAACAACCACAAACUGAAGGGCGAGCUGCCAUAAGAUCGGCCAUUGCUGGGCCUAUGUGCAAUAACGAAUUUUGCCGUCUACAUAAAGCAAAACGCCAAUGCACACAUUUAAAGAAAACCUCAAAGCCAACUUCUGCACAAAGAAAUUCUGCUCGCACACCUCGUGCACCCUGCUCAUCUCCACGACCGCCUGGAUCAACUAUUCGCCCAACUUGCAAGUCUCAUCAAGAAGCAAAUCAUACAGAGGGAGCCUGCUCCGGUUCGAAGAUUGCAAAGCGAGCUGAUUUGCCAAUUGGUACGGGCUCCAAUCAAUCUCGUGGGGAAGCGAAGGUUGACGAUGAAGAUCUCGGCGCAGAAUCUGAAGGGUCAUACACAGAUAUGGGGCAAGCGGUUGAUUUAGCUGAAAUCUGCCAAGUACAGAUUGCGACUGCCGAAAGCAGCUGCCAGACAGAAGAUAUCACAAUGGAUCGCGAGGAAGAAGGUGAUGAAGACGACGUUGAAUGGUGCCAUCAGAAUUCAUCGGAGAAUAACUCGACAGAAGAAACGACCUCUACACAAGAUGAAGAAUCUAAUGAUGAAGGAAUUCCGGAAGAAGCGUUAACAAAGGAAAAUGGUUACAAACGCGAUAAACGGCCAACUACUCCUGAAUUGCUUUUUUUCCAUAAACGACCAAUUCUGCAGGCAGCUCGCAAAAAUCCAAAGGGAAUGACGGAAGUGAGUCCAGUUUUAUUAGACGAUCAUCACGUUAGCUGCUUGUUGGACGCAUUCAAAGCUUUGCAGCAACCGAAAGAAAAAAACAUUAAUGGACAAAAGACUAAUGGAUCUACCGAAAAAACACUCAAAAAGAAUCAACAUCUUAAAUGGCUUUGUGAUGACGUGGACACAAUGGCUACCAUGAUAUCUUUCUUCAAAAAGGACUUCAAGUUGUAUCAAGAAAGACAUGAGGCUCAACUAGAAAAUACCAGCCCAAUGGAGCAGCAUGAAAAUAUGGCUAUGUUCUUUGCUAUUGGUAUGGCAAACUAUCAAUGUGACAGAAUGACCCAAGAGGUUGAACGUUUUCUGGAAAAAUCUGAGCAACUAUUCCAUGGCAAGAGGAUGGGCACUUUGAUUGGCCGUCUCUCCGGUGGAAAAUUGGCUCUUGAUGAUGAAGCAUCUGUGGAUAAAUCUUCGAUGGAUGUAGAGUUUAACUCGGACGAUUCUCGUAGCACUACCACAGCUCUCUCAGAAACCGAUGCUUCGGAAAGUGCUUCUUUGGAAAUGUGUUCAGAAGAAGAAGAAGAAAUAGAAAUAGAGGAGGGAGAGGAAUUACAUGCAAAUGUAUCGGGAGACAGAGCUUACAAUUCAGACUUGAGGGAUGUUGCUGAAAAUCUUAUGACUUUUAACCAGUCAAUGUACACAGCCAUUGGUCGCUUCAAGAGCUUCGGCGAUGCACUUAGUCAGGUUUCACAACAGGUCGAAAGUACGGUGCCUGAAAAAAUUUCUACUUGUGACCAUGGCGAUUUGCAACGUCGAUUGGAACUCCGCACGAAGUCUUUACAAAAUGAACAAGCUGCGCAUCAGUUAACCAAGAAAAAACUUGAAGAAUUAAAGGCGCAAUCUUCUGAAUCAAAAUCUAAAGUAGAACAGUUAAACAAGCAACUCAGAGAGAAGACAAAUGAUAAUAAAAGGCUUGAGAAAAAGAGCCUCAAAGAUGAUGCGAAAAUCAAUGAAUUAUUUACCGACAAAACUGAACAAGAUGAAAAACUUAAAAAUCAGAAACGCGACACGAAUUCAUUGAAGAUGAAGCAUUCUGAUGAGCUUAAGACCUUGAAACUGGAACGAGAUCAAUUGCAAGAAUCUGAUAUCAAUGCCAUGGUUACUCGCUUUGAGGCUACUAUUACUCUGCGUGAGUACAUGCUUUCAGAUGCUCAGCGAGAGGUCAGCGAGCUUGAAAUAUAUGCCAAUAACCUGCGCGCGCAUUCGGCGCGUGAACAAGAAUUUUCGUCAAAACUUGAAAGUUCAAUUAUUGAAUGGAAGACAUUUGUCGAUACGUUGAACUCAACUUUGACAGAGCUUCGUAAUGAAGCAAGUGGAAAGAUGGAAAUGGUUAAUGCUGGUUCAUUGGAUCCAUCUAAAGCUGAAUUAACUUUUCGCAAAGUUGAACGGCCAACUGUAUUUCGCCCACUCUUCUCUAGUCCUGGUGUUAUCGGUGAACAACGGAAUAAAGCGUUAGGAUCACCUGGCUCAGUUUCACCAUCAAGCCAGUCAAUUAAGAAGCAAAUUGGUGCAAUUGGUGAACGACCAACUGCAACAGUUGCUCCACAAACAGUUUCGGGUGUUGCAGACUCGUCUAGCAAUUGUACCCCUAACAUUGAUGAACAUCCAAAUGGAUCAUCAAGCUCAAUUGAUGUGGAUAUGUGGAACCCGUUGGAAAUUCUGGCUCGAGGACCAAUGAAUAUUCCGCCAGUUCGUUGGAAUGGAUAUCCAAGAAUUUCGUGGCUUAUGCCUGGUGCAACAAUGCAGCCUCCAGUGAUGCAAGACAUCCCAAAUAUGGAGGGUUAUCUUACACAGUUGCCACCACAUCAGUCUUCACCAAUGUUGCCUCCAAUUGGAUAUCCAUUGCCUCGCUACCCGACAAGGAAGGAGGAGGAAGAUUUCGCA